CCCAUUUCCCAUUCCUUAGUCCCUCCUCCUCCUCUUCCUCCUUCGUCUUCUCAUUCCCUUCAUCCUGCUCCUUCUGGGAGUCGUGAAGACAAACUCCAAGCGGCGCUGAGACAGAAGCUGACAAACUUGUCGCACGGUGUGAGAAAAGACGUGAUCAGCGAGGGGGCAGGCUCAGCAGUGACCAAUCCUCAAAAAAUCCCCACGGGAGGUUUCACCGUCUCGGCCCGGCCAGCUGUCACUAAGCCUGGGACUAAAGCAGUGCUGUCUCUGCUGACACAGAAACUGUCGCCGCUCGACCAUGCAAACAUCAAUGCCACAAAUUCCCCACAGGCCAGUCACAAAACCAGAGGCCUUUCACAUUUCUCUAACAAUAGUCCGUCAGACAACCACCACAACCUCCAGGACUAUGCAGAAGACUCUUCAGGGUUUCUAGAGCCUACACCAGUGUCUUCAUUGUCUCGUCCAGAGCCCUCAAGACAACAGUCAAGUGGUCAAAAGGUAAAACAGAGUCGUGCUAAGGUUUCAGGCAAACCGAAAAAUCUUGUGAAAGUCUCUAGUGAGUCGUCCCCGCUACCCAAGAAGAGAAUCGUGGAUAUUUUGAGUGCCACUACUUCUGAUAAACUCUCAAAUUCUCAGGAAGUCUUGAAUAGUAAUUCUAAUAACAGCUCACUCAUCCAUGCAGAAAGCGCAAUAAAUUUCAGGACACGUUUUCAGAAUGCCUUCUUUUCAAAGCGAAAGGCGGGUCAUGAGUGCCAGAACUGUGGUAAAGAUCCCAAGCUGUGCAGACCCCCUAGCAGCAUUACAGCCAACCGAAGCAGUAGUGAUAGUGCAGGUGACGCCCAGGGUUCCAUAAUUGAUGUCAAACCAUUUGAAGCAGAGUUAGAAGAAGAGGAAGAUGGUGAGAGAGAACUGUAUCCAGCGCUUCUUUCUUCGGGUACUCAGACCAGCGAUGCGACUCCAGCGUGGAAGCCGGAUCGGGACAGAAAGAUAUCCAAAGGGAAAUACACGUGUUACAUUUGUGGCUUGAAGCUGCAAAGACUGGUCAACUUCUCGGUACACUUGAGAAAAGCACACACAUAUGAGUGGCCGUACCUGUGCAGGUUUUGUGACUACGGUUGUUAUGGGGACAAAGACCUACACAAACACACCAAGACUCACUUCAACUUAGUGAAAGGUACGUACCGGUGCAGAGUUUGUGGCGCCACGUUCGCCCGUCUCCUGCAGUUCAAAUUCCAUGGCUUUAUUCACAAAAUGGCUGUUCCUACUUCGGUGAAAAAGAAAAGGUUGCAGCGGGCUUUAAGGGUCCAGAGACAAAAGAAGACGGAACCGGAGGCCACGGUGAAAGUGAAGACGGAGGAGGAUGUGUACCUGCGGUAUAUUCGGUCUAUGACGUGUCCCGUUUGUGGGGAGAGGAUUGAAGAGGCGAGAAUGCUCAAGUCGCAUAUUUCCACUCACCUCUACCUGGACAUCCAGAAGAAUGUGAUACUGGUACGGGAUCAGUCCACCAGAAAACCGCUGGACCCUUUGUCAGGGGCUGUUGACCUUUCUGUCGGGAAACCCAACAAUGAAGGUCAAGGUGAGGCGGGCCAGGCGGUUCUUCAGUUCCAGAACCGUAUGGUAAGCCCGUGCGAGUUCAUCUACUGGUGCCGUAUGUGCGACGUGAGCUACAUGCGAAAAAAGGAGCUGUUGAGGCAUAAGGACGAGUACCAUCCGGGCACCGAUUGUUUGUACGACCAUAAAAAGUCGCUGAUCCUCAAGUCUGAUCGCAAGAGGAAUUCCUUCGUCUGCGAGGUCUGUGGGGCCAGCUUCAUCUGCAGGUCGUCCAUGAAGCACCACGCGAUCCUCCACACCAAGCAGGACAUGUACCAGUGCGAUGUCUGCAGCGUGAAUUUUGCCAACCCUUUCUCGCUGAAAAAGCACAAACGCGUUCACGCCAAAGACAAAGCUGAUCAAAACCCGCCCGCAGGCCCCCCGUGUAUCUGUGAAGUGUGCGGGAAAUUGCUCAGUUCGAAGUAUCAGCUUGAGAAGCACAUGCAGAUCCACACGCGCGUCACCACAGGGGUCACGGUUCACGAGUGCUCCGUCUGCCAGCUCACGUUCCCCAAUGGGAACAGACUGUUGAGGCACAAGGAGGAACAGCACCAGACGAAUAAACUGGUCUGCGAAAUUUGCGGAAGAACUUUUGGCAAUUCCAGCGGUCUCAAAAUCCAUCACUACAAGGUUCAUUUUCAGCAGAAGAAGGACGUGAAACCAAACCGGGUGGGUAGCCGGCCCGCUCGGAAAAAAAUAGUAGGCGAAAAGGUGAAAUUUGAGUGCGACAUUUGCGGCAAAUGCUUCUCGGCCAAACAGACGCUGACUUACCACCAGGGAGUCCACACGGGCAAGGGUUAUGAGUGCCACAUUUGUCUCCGUCGCUUCUACCACCCGUCCUCUCUGUCCACCCACGUGCGCAUCCACGCCGGGGAGAAGCCCCACGAGUGCGACGUCUGUCACCGCAAGUUCCUCAAGCUGGACACCCUGCAGGUGCACUACAGGAUCCACACGGGCGAGAAACCCUUCCCGUGCCAGGUGUGUGGGCGGCGGUUCAGGCAGUCCGGCGACCGGCGGGCGCACCAGAGGAGACACGACGCCAGGGACAGUCAGGUUUCCACCGUUGCGACUACGACUGUCCCGGAGGUUGUGCUCCAAGAGGCGAACAUGGCAACUCAGAUCAUUAGUGUAGUCUCCUGGCAGUGAAGGGCAGGGGUAGGUUUAUACUGGAUGCAUGUCUCUACUGGAGCCUAGGCUUGAAGAGCUUUCGAAUUUAGAAUGGGUUGGGAAGAAGAUAAUUGUUUUUCUUUUUGAGGACUAUGACUUUAUUUCUAAAAUCUAUGGCCUCUCUGGUGCUCAAGGUACUUGCCCAUGUUUGUGGUGCCUCACGACCAAAUCUCAACCUGCAACGUGUCAACAAAAAUAUUUUCUGCCUCGUUCUUUGGCGACUAUGAAACGUGAUCACAAUCGUUACAAAAAUAUGGCCAUGGCCUUAAAAAAAUGUCGCUCGUUUUCACAACAGUAUACACCUCCCACUUAAAAACAGUAAACCUGGUGAAGCAGCACCACCAUACCUUCAUCGUUUCUGGGUGUAGUUCUGAACCACCAUUGUUUGCUGGAGGCAGCGACACACAAAAUAGACAUACGGCUAAGUAAGCAAUCUGAGGAAGACUCAGACUGUAAUGGAGUUUCGUUAUCACUACGCAUAUAUGGAAAAAACUGCUGUCGCGGGGACAAGCUAAAUAGGGAGAUUAGACAUUUAGAAGGUUGCGUAAUACUUUCUGACUCUGAAGAGGAGAGAAUAAUAUAAACUUUCAAAUGCAGCUGACGGAGAAAAAAAACAGGUUCUCGGAGUUAAGACACGAACCCCUUAGCCCUAGGACUGGUCCUAUCUGUUCUCAGUUAGACACCAUACUUGACUCACACAACAUCACACUGCAGGCAUAUCAGUGGCUCUUUCAUUGGCUGCCACAAAUACAUAAUGAGUUGCUCUUAUAAAGACCUCCCUGCUUUUAUUGUAAAAGAAACAGAAAACACCCACAUCCAAAACAUAAUGACACAGCUUACACUCUCAGAGAAAAAUUCAAUCACUUAAUUGAAAAAUUUUGAUUAAAAAAAUCUACACCGGGGUCAGCUUACAAGAUUCUGCGCGCUGGCUGCCUGCGAACUUGAAAAGGGGCAUUAAACCUGUAUAAAUGCCAAUUUUGAAAUUUGGGAUUUCACUAUUUUGAAUCUCACAAACUUUGAAAAAAUUUUCAUGUCAUAUGUACAUUCUGUUAUUAUCAGUUUGAUAUUCUGAUAGCUGUUCAUCUGUUCAUAAUGUAAUACAAUAUUAUAAUAAUAUAAAUGUUUGUGUUGCUUUCUUUGUGUUAUCAGUUUGAUAUUCUGAUAGCACUUCAUCUGUACAUAAUGUAAUAUAAU